UAAAAAUUGAAAAAUGCUUGCUGCGUGUAAGGGCUACUAACAAGGACAUUCAAUAACGGCUUUUGUUCCGUGCUAACAAAUCCAAUCCGAUCUAAUUGGCGGCUGCGUGCGUGUGGAAGGGUUUCGGUGAAUCCUUGUAGCAUUGAGACCGAUGUGAAUCUAAGUGCUUUUGCUUGGUUCCCAAGGACAAAUUAUUUUGUUUUUGUCAUUUCGCGAGCAUGUUCAAGAGGACAUUAGUGCGAGUGCACAAUAUGACGCGUCAGCGGUGAGCAUACGUCGCUGUUAUCACUUUGGUGAUGGCUUCUGAAAGCCGCCGCCGCCGAUAGUGGGGGUUUACCCCAACCUGUGUAUGCGACGUGCUACUCAAGCUAAGGCAAAGGCCGUGCGCCGAGACGCUGUUGUGGUGAGUGCAGGUGCGUCGCGCAAGCGGCGAUCCAUGCGUGGAGGAGUGACAGCUCCGAGGACGCCGCUUCCGUCGUUGUUGUCUGCGUCACUCCUCUGUGCUGCAUCCCUUACGCUGCGUGCCAGGAAUGUCAGUUCUCUCCCGCUGCAGAUAAGAGGCAGUCAAUGAACGGUUCGACCACUUCGAGCUCUUGACCAGCGUAGUCGCAGCGGCGCACACGAUGAGCCUCCCAGAGGCAUUAGGUGCUGCCAGCACUGAGGAUCUGCUGCCGCUUGCAAGUGUGGCAGGGCCCUCUUUAGAGCAAGAGGCCAACAGCCAGCCAGCAACAGCUGCUACCUCGCAGAACACCACUCCACGGGACACGCCACCGUCUACGCCAGGGCUGGCGCGUCGUCUCUCUGGUGUGCCGGCCCUCAAGCUCAACCUUGAUGACACCACAUGGAGCACCGUGCGGUCGCCCAAGGCCGUUGGUGCCACGCAUCUUGCACAGCGCAAGGAAGAGCCCAAACGCUCUGGAUUUGCUAAUAAGGCAGCCAAGGCCUUGGCUCUGGUGCGCCAGAGCCGGACGCCAGAAUUCCGGUUCCGGCUUGUUCUGGCUGUGCUCUUCCUCAGCAUAGUGAGUGUGGUGGUCCUGACAUGGCACCUGCACGAGGCAUUCCAGGAGGCCACCCGACUCUCCACCAAGUCUGACUUUGAUCCUCAGACACGAAGGCUGCGCUUGCUUGAUCGUGGAGGCCGCACCCUGCUUCAGGGAGAACUUGGCCAGGUUAUCCCUCCAGCUCUGGAAGCACACAUCUGCCCUGUGCUGCACCUCGGCUAUUGCUAUGAGUGGAAGUAUCGUGCUCGUCUCGAAAUGCGCGUUGCACCUAUGCAGGGUGAAAUAGCCUGCUACGAAGUGCACUGGCGGGCUGCGAGCGUGCAUACAGAACUGGUGGAUUGUUACGACCUCACGGGCGCCCACUGGUUUGGCAUGGGUGAAGUGGCAAACCUGAGCUGGCCGCUCGCAAAUCUUCAGCUCAACACUAUGGCCUUUGAAACGGGUCGUGCUGACCCGCUGGGUUCUGUGUUAGAGCCAUACUGGCUGUCAUCACGUGGGGUAUCAAUUUUGGCAAGUCCAAAUCAGGCAUUGAUGUUCAGUUUUAAUGCUUCUGGCAGUGAACGACUCUGCCUGGCCGCGAAGGAGGAGCUAAACUACACGCUAUGCACGGGACCUGACGUGUUGGCCAUUCACAGGGCAUCGGCACCACGCCGUCCCGAGCUCAACAAUUUCACGGCUGCAGAGGAAGUCUUUGUCAGGCAUCCAGUACUAGUGCCUAGGCCUGGUGAGGAUGGCAAUUUGACGCAAGCAACUGUGCAUGAGUAUGCCAACCGGUUCGUGAACCAUGGUUUCAAUGGUGGCUUUGUAUUGAUUCGUGAUGGCUGGCAGCGCACUCAAGGUGACCUGACUUUCUGGAAGGAUGCAUUCCCGCAUCCGGCAGAGAUUGUCCGCAUUCUCCAUAACAAGGGAAACAAGGUUUUGUUGGACGUACAUCCCUACUUCUGCCUCAACUCUAACAACUUCAGGGCUGCUAUGGACGGAGAGUACCUUCUGGCUGACCAGAGCAAGGUUCCACUGCUGACCCGCUGGAAUGGCAGCCUUUGUGCUGUGGUCAACCUAUUUGAGGAGCGUGCUGCUGAUUGGUUCCUAGAGCAGCUUAGAGAACUGAACAGGACGCUUGGAGUGGACGGCUUUGUGUUUCGCGGUGGCCAAGCACGAGCACUGCCCUACGGCCAAGGACGAUGGGCAUCGGCAUUCCUUGGGCGCUACCUUGAAGUUGCUUCUCGCAGCAGCCCUGUCCUCGGCACACCAGGUGGUGCAGGAUUUGUCACCCUGGCACCCCAGCCAUCCACCUGGGCUGCACUGCAGGGCAUCCUGCCCAAGGUUUUGACCUUGGGCCUUCUGGGCCACCGUGUAGUCAGUCCCGGCUGUGUGGGUGGAGACUUGGUGGCCCCUGGGACCAAGCCCGAGAGGGAGCUCUACUUUCGGUGGUGGCAGUUGGCCGUGUUUCUGCCCGUGCUGCAGUUUUCCGUGCUUCCCAGUGACUACAACGAUGACUUUGAGCUCACUAAGGUAUCACGGGUGCUCACACAAUUUCGCAAGACGCGAGUGGAGCCAGCCAUGAAGGAGGCCUUGGAGGAGGAAGCACCUCUAGUGAGGCCUUUGUGGUGGCUCGACCCCCGAGACCACAACACAUAUGGAGCGGGCCACCAGUUUGCACUGGGCAACAACCUUAUUGUAGCACCUGUGUUGGAACCAGGUCGAAAUUCAGCAUAUGUCUACCUGCCCCAAGGCUGGUGGUGCGAGGACCAAAAGUUGCACCGUGGUGGCAAGUGGAUCAGCGUCACUGCACCACUUGAGAAGGUCACCUACUUUUCACGGUCAGACAAGUGCUAAAAGCCUGGUGAUCCAUAACCUGGGGGCAAGGUCGAAGUGUGGCAUUACGCACCAGCUGACGAUGGCAGUCUUGCUGUGCUGCCUGUCUUGGUGCUCGAGAGAUUGCCGGUAUUGGCAGCCCGAACAUGGCUCAAGAGGAAGUGCAUUCCAUUUUGCUUCAACCUGCGAGGUAGCUAGGUGUCGUUCUUGCGCUAGCUUGAGCGGCAUGACUGAAAAGAGACGUACUAUGCAGCUUUGAAUCUGGCUCAACCAGGGUACAGUUUUGCAAGAAAUCACAUCCCACAACCUCCUUUGAGGUAGUCAAGUUUCAGUGCAAUUUACGAGUCAGUGUCGCCAUACUUUUCUCUGAGAAACUCAUCUUUCAGCGAGCUCAGCGGAAUGGCAGCACAACAUAGGUAAAAGGUGAAAAUUGGUGCAAGCUGUAGCAACGGGGCUUUACCCUUGGUGUAUCGGAGCACAUGUUACAGAGAAGUGCUUGAGAAAUUAAGGAUACUGAUGAUGCUAAUGCUGCAAUAGCAGAGUGAAAGUACAUAGUGGGCGCACACUGAUGGUAGUUAAGACGACCGUCCUUGCCUCAAAUUGGGGGAAACAGCAUCAAACACACAGUGGAGCAUUUGUAGCCUGUUUUAGUUUUGACCUUUAUAGCUAGUUUAUGUUUGCUCAACAGAUGUUGGACUUUAUGUUGCUGUGUAUUUUUCUCGAAAACUCAUGCUCAAUCUGUAUUCAAUGAAGUUGUAUUCCAAGUGGUGUUUGGUACGGCUUGUCCCCCUCCCUCCCCCUCUUCCUUCCCUCUCACCAUUUCUCUGUUGAAGGUUUGGUUAUGUUUCUUGUGUGGGGCGGCCAUUUUAGGCGGUAUAAGAGGGAUUCUAGGUCAGCAGAAAUAAUUGUACUUCACAUUUGUGACUUUUGACAAGGUUCAGAUGCUGGGAUAUUCAGGAUUGUGUAGGAUAGGAUUAGAUACAAAGGGUUGGACAACCAUCAUGAAGCCUUUCAGGUAAGUGGGAAGCUCCAGCCCUGUAUGUGAAAGUUACUUGAAACCUUUUUAGCAUUUAUAUAUAAAGCAUAAAGUGCAAUAUACUGUUACUAGACAUCCAGCUUGCACUUGCUCAUUGUUUGUUGUGAUGGACAGCUGCAGCGGUGCACCUUUGUUGAGAACUGUCACUUCUCGAGUGCCUUAUUUUUACAUUAUUUUGCAUAGUGCUUGCUCGGCAGGCAUUUUCAACAACUGAGGCCCUAAGGCCCUGGUUAACUACAAAUUAUUGAUUAUACCAUUGGUGUGUGUUAGGUGAGAGUAGCACAAGCUUCCAGCUAGUACUAUUGCUCACAAGGAUACACAAGUUCAUCUCUUUAAUUGGAAACAGAGAUUACGAUUUCUAGGUUUUGCUUGUACCACUAUCUUCUUUUACAUCAGCAUUGUGCUGAGUAGCUGCUUUUGAAUUAUUGUGGUGGUUGCAACAGGUGUCAGUCGAUGCACCUUGCUGUUGUCACUCGCAACCCAGUGCCACUUACUUGUACACUUCCCUUAACACCGCAUUUUUUACGCUUUUGGGUUUUGCUCCGUCUCCUUCAAAAAUGAGCUGGCUGAUAUGGCUUGCCUAUAUUGUGCAUCUUUUCUUUUUUCUGUGUAUGCGUUGAUUACUGAUAAUAAUUUAGCAAGCGAGUAGAAGUGAUAUCUGCAGCCAAUUCAGAGAGGUUGCAAUCAUUGCGGCCUUAAAGGGCCCCUCACCAGGCCCCAUAGUAAAUUUUGGUUAUACACUGGAAGGUGUUACGUUUCCUCUAGGGAGCGUUCUGCCACAAACAUUUUUCAAGUCAGCUCAUUAAUAGCCGAGAUAGAAAUAAUUCAGUGCUGCGAACCCAUUUCAGCAGGCAGGCUCCACUGCAUAGCGAGACUCCCUCUCCACUCGCCCAUCUAACCUUCGCAAGUGAAAUUCCUUCCCUGUGUUCUCCCAUGCCGAACCUCGAGGAUUGCGUGACACAUACAUCAUGGGACCCGCCUUCACUUUUUUCUUUCUCCUCGCUUUUCUUUUUUUCUGGCGCUACGCAUUUCCGCUGACGGCGUCAUGCGUGAGCUGUUGUCUCGUUCGUGCAGCGCACGAUUUUGCACGCUGUGCACAAGGAAACGUGACUAGCGGUAUAAUUCAGUGCUACACGAAUACCGACGCAGAACAAGCGGAUCGCAGAGCAUGAUCACACGCUGGAGCACGGUAGAAAAUGGCAUAGUUUUGGUACCUACGUAUGUGUUGCAAGACUGUGGGAACAAGCAGACGAAGCAGAAGUAUUUCUUCUUGCUUCAGUUCGAAGUAAAGCAAAAAACAUGCAGACAUUCCGUUUGUGUGUUUUGUUAUUUCUCUAAACUUCAAUUCAUCAACAGAUUAAAUAAAUAACAGAUGGUGCUUUGAAUAAUUCUCGAAGUCGCGUGUCACCACGAGCGACAUCACACUGCGGACUCGAGUACGUAGGCGCAAGAACGGCGAGUAUGUCAUUCUCCGGGUUGGAGUGCGGUGGGCGUGAGGAAAAGAAAAAACGGCGUUCGGUUUGAAAUUUCAUAUCUUUCCGCGGCGCAUAGCGAUGUAAAACUUUGCAGGCAUGAUAGUUAUCACGCAAUGUGUGCUCUGCGCUUGUCAGCUCAAAAUGGCCAGACCUGGUGAGGGGCCCUUUAACAGCUCUAACUGCAAAGUAGGCAAACUAGUACGUAUAUUUAGAGACAUGCAACCGACUAUGUACAGUUACUUUCAUGGUCUAUUUCACUGCAUGCAUGUCAUCACUGGCAUUUGAUGCUUGCAAUUUUGUUGAGAUUACUUGUCUAACAAAUAUGUCAAAGACAAGCUACCACCUUACUUUUCCUCAGCAGUUAUUGCAAGGAGCCUUUCAGUUCCUUUGUUAUUACUCAUUGUGCUAUGGCUUCUAUAAGGCUCUCAGUGUUGGAUGAAAUGUAAUUCAGGAAUGAGAACAGAUUUAAAGGUCAUUCAAGAAAGACUAAACUGGCUCACUUUUUGUCUCCUGCGUCGCAUGCAUAGCAUGCACAAUUAAGGCUGGAACGUUUAAUUUUUUUCUUGUGUAGUUUGAGUGUGGCCUUUGCAACUUUCCGGUGAGCAGUACAGUGGCUGCACUCGAGUAGCGAGGCCUUGAGAUUUUCUGUCUUCCAUGAUAUGUACUUCCACAAUUUUGUAUAUGAUUUAGCUGAGAGCAGUAUGCUACUGUACUGUGUUUGGCUAUUGUGUAUAUUUCAAGUAUACGGCAAAAACUGUAAACACAUUAUAAAUUUGCCUAUUCUUUGGUCAUUCCACCUCUCAUGACACAUUGACCUUCGAUCUUUCAUAGGAUAUGAUUCUUGUGUCCUUUGUGAGCUGACCAUCAGUGAAAUUUUCUUAAUGGCAUUUCGUUCAGCUUUUCACAUCCUGAAUGCAUGUUAACAUGUGGUCUUGACUGCCGAUUUCACAAAUCUUGCGAAACAGUGCUGUGAACAUAUGGAGAAGCCAUUGCUCAAUCUUGCUGUGUUUCGUGUGCUUAUCAUUCCAAGCAUUUUAAGUGACACCCUGUCCUACCAAGUCAUUCUGCACAAAGUUAGUGCAUUAAGUCAUUGUGCAACCAGUCAUGACUGCACUGCUUGAGAACAAAUACAUUGCUUUAUAUACUAUGUCAUAAUGAGAUGCUGCAGUGUUUUGUCUCAUUUAGGUGUCUUGUGUGUUCAAUAAUGCUGAAAAGUUCAUAUUUUUUAUGCACUUUUGAUUAGCUUGCUUUUGACUUGUCAUUUGCAAGUAUCCACAUAAUGCAUUAUCACCAAGCCAAUAAGUACAGAAAAUUCUGGUGGCUUUGACAAGUCGUUUAUGUUGUCUCUGCCAGUGUGCAUGUGGUAAAAAGUAUUGCUUUGGCACUGUUGGUUUACCAUGUGCUGUAGGAACUGUUCCUUGUUAUAUGUACAUAUACCGUUGGCUGUGAUAACCAAGAGUUUGUGAAACAACGCCAGUGUUACAGGUGCGUUGUUGCAAGCACUGGCAUUCGUAGUGGUGUCGUCUUCAACCACCUGUGUUUUGUGUUUUAUCCCCACAUCGUCUUGGAUGAUCAAAAAGCCUGCCUGUGCAGAGAUCAAGGUGUGCCUGUGUGCGAGUGGUGCUCUUCAGAAUUAUUUCUUUGUCACCCAUCAACAUGUAUGUUUGUUACAGCUGUUCUAGUAUUUCUCACUUGUUUUAUGUGCAGACUUUACAGUCUUGAAGAGCAGCUGUCAGGAACUUGUGUCACAAAUUUUUGAAUGUCUGUGCAAAGGUUGUACAAAAUGCUCCUAUGCUGUUUCGAGAUGGGGCAAGUUUUUAUGCAAUCAAGAUACUUAUAUGUUGGUGCUGAGUCACAGGAAACAAUUGUUGACUUCAAUUGUAUUUUUGAAUAAAAUGAGUACUUGAUGCUUG